GAAAUUGGGAUUACCUUUGCUGGAUUCAUAUCUGGAUUCUUUGCAAUCAAAUUUUCGACAUGGCGCAAACUUUGCUGCUAGUCGAGCUACAAUUCAGCCAGUAAAUGGUCAGUUAUGUGAGGGAAGUUAUAGCCCCUUAUAUCUCGGUAUUCAGCUUUUGCAGUUUGAGCAACUUUAAGGCCGCACUAACGAGUUUUACAUUCAAGCCAAUAGCUCACACACCAAAGUCAAAAGUGAUCUGCCAAGGCCAACAGACUUCUCAAAGGCUCUUUACACAAUAGAUUGUGGACAAAAUGAUCUUCAUUAUUUAGUUACAACGAUGACGGAGGAACAAGCCAAGGCAGCCAUCCCCAAUAUAACUAAUCAAUUUGUUCAAGUCAUAGAGAAGCUCUACCAAGAAGGAGCAAGGAAAUUUUGGAUACAUAAUACAGGUCCCAUUGGGUGCUUGCCACUUAUGGUUCUUUACCAUCCCAAGUCUGGUGAUGUAGACGAAAUUGGUUGCGUUAAGUCUUACAAUGAGAUUGCUCAAGAAUUCAACAAGCAGCUUAAAUACAGGAUUUACCAACUAAGUUGCCAACUUCAGGGGGUGGAGCUUAUUUCUGUCGAUAUCUAUUCAGCUAAGUACACUUUAAUUAGAGAAGCAACUAACUACGGUUUUCUUAAUCCUUUUGAGUAUUGUUGUGGGAAUGAUAAUUACAAAUGUUGGGAGAGAUCGGCAUCAAAUAUUAGUGCAUGCAAUGAUCCAUCAAAAUACAUUAGUUGGGAUAGCCUGCAUUAUACUGAAGCUGCAAACUAUUGGAUAGCAAGCCGCAUUGUGAAUGGCUCAUUUUCAGAUCCUCCGAUUUCCCUCGAGAAAGCAUGUUGAGAUCCUCUUCUUCACUCACGUUUAUCACCUCCAACAUGUUAUCCACCAUGUUUUUGUUUCUUUAAGUUAAGUGUACUAACCAGAAUUCUUCGUCUUUUGAUCCUGGCGGAGGCGUAUUAUAAAACAAAGAUGUAAUAAUCAAGCUCUUCAUGUGCAUGGUUUCAAAACACACUCAUGCAUGCAUCAAGUGACAAACUCAAAUGAUAAAUAACUUACAACUGGA